CAGCCCCGACGGCAGCGUCCCUUUUCCCCGGCCGCGCUCCUGCACGCAGACGCCGAGGCCGGCUCCUCCCUGAUCACGGCACCAAGAGCAACGGCAACAGCCGCUCUCCAAGGACGCACGGAGACGGAGACGGACAGGGCGGGAGGCUCGCCUGGUUCGCGGGCAGAGCCAGGCUUAUGGAGACGAGGCCGGGCAGCGGCUGCAGCAGCCGCCGCCCCCACCGACGGCUGGACCUCCGCAGGGGCAGGUGCAGCUGCAAGUUGACGGAGGCCAGACUCCUGCCCACAUUCCUGCCACCUGCUUAGGGGAUAACGGCUUCCCGAUGGCAACCCAGGCGACCCCCAAGGACUCGUUCCAUUGUGUGGGGAUCAUCUUCUUCCUCCUCGGCCUGGGAACUCUCCUCCCCUGGAAUUUCUUCAUCACAGCUAUUCCGUAUUUUCAGACUCGGCUCAUAGCAGGGAACUGCUCAGUUGGCGAGGAGGACGGGAAUCGGACCGCCCUGGGCCUUGAACCUGCGCCCCGCUGCAGCGAUGACUUUAACUUCAGCAACUGGCUGGCACUUCUGUCUCAGCUGCCUCUGCUGCUGUUCACCCUUCUCAACUCCCUCCUCUACCAAUGCGUUCCAGACAAAGUGCGCGUCCUGGGCAGCCUAGUGGGGAUCCUGUUCCUCUUUGUGCUGACAGCUGUCCUGGUCAGGGUGGAGAUGUCGCCCCAGAGUUUUUUCUCCAUCACCAUGGCCAGCGUCUGGUUCAUUAACUCCUUCUGCGCUGUCCUGCAAGGCAGCCUCUUUGGGCAGCUGGGAUCUUUUCCGCAGAGCUACAGCACCGUCUUCCUGAGCGGCCAAGGAAUGGCCGGGACGUUUGCAGCCAUCGCCAUGUUGCUCUCCAUGGCCAGUGGCGUGGAUGCGCAGACAUCUGCUUUGAGCUACUUUGUCACUCCCUGCAUUGGAACCCUGAUCUCGAUCAUCUGCUAUAUCUUGCUGCCCCACAAGGAGUUUGCCUGUCACUACCUGGACAAGAGAACCCAGGAAGAACCAGGCUGCGAGCUGGAGACCAAGGCUGGACUUCUCUCCCCUGAGGGUGGUGUCACCGUUGUGCCAGACAGUUCCCAAGGAGAAUCGCUGGGCUUGAGUAAUGGAAGUAUCCUAGCCUUGGAGCAGGAAGACUCAAAGUGUCCCCUGGAGACGAUGAAUGGGAACAGAGGGGCAGGUCUGCCUCCAACAAAACCGUCAGUCCUAGGCGUCCUCAGGAAGAUCUGGCAGCUGGCCUUGUGCAUCGUCCUGGUCUUCUCCGUCACCCUGUCCGUGUUUCCUGCCAUCACGGCCAGUGUCGUCAGCACCUCUGGGAACGACACCUGGAGCAAAUUCUUCACUCCAGUCUGCUGCUUCCUUUUGUUCAAUGUCAUGGACUGGCUGGGCCGUAGCGCUACCUCCUAUUUCCUCUGGCCGGAGAAGCACCUACGGCUCCUCCCUGCCGUGGUGGGGCUCCGCCUCCUGCUCAUCCCGCUCCUGCUGUUCUGCAGCGUCCCCCAGCGUGCAUUCCUGCCUAUGCUGUUCCGCCAGGAUCCCUGGUUCGUCCUCUUCAUGGUCGUCUUCUCGCUCUCCAACGGCUACUUCGUCUCCCUCACCAUGUGCCUGGCCCCAAAGCAGGUGCAGCCACACGAGAGCGAGUUGGCAGGGGCCAUCAUGACAUUUUUCCUGGCGUUGGGGCUUUCCUGCGGAGCCGGGCUGUCCUUCAUCCUCAAGGCCUUGCUUUGACGGGUGCCAUCCUGUGAGUGACGGACUUUAGCAACAGCAAAGUGUCUGUGCUGCUUUGACAACUCGAAGAGGCUGGUUGCUGUCCCCCCUCCCGGUUUUGCUCUAUAUGUGGCAGCUAAUAUCCUUUCUGGGGAGCAGAACAGAGCACUGUAGCCAAUUUCCAACAAAGGGAACCUAUCCCCCCUUCUAGUCUGUAGAUGCAUGAGUUCAGGUUUACUCAAUUACCUUUCCCUUUCCCCAGAAGUCUAAAAGACUCCUGGGUUUUUGGAAGACUUCUGAAAGACUCCUGGGUUUUUCCAAGCGGAGGGAAAGCCAGAGCAGGGAGUGACCCUUUUUGCAAGACCCACGUUUUCUGCAUCCGGAUAUGGAGGAGCAGAUCUGCCUCUUCCACUUGGGCCUGGCUGAUGACGCACACUGAAAAGGGCGAUUUCACAAACAUCCCCACACUUGUUAUUUUUCUUCUUCUCUCUUCACUUUUCAAACUGAGGAGAUAUUGUUCUACGACGCACAAUCGCUCCACAGAAUGUACUCCUGGAGGGUGACAGCACGGCGGGGAAGAGUCUGCCUCAAAUGGAACCAAUGACCUAGAGAGGUGGUGGGCUCUCCAACAUUGGAGGCCUUCAAGAGGCAGCUGGAUAGCCAUCUGUCAGGAAUGCUUUGGUUUGGAUUCCUGCAUUGAGCAGAGGGUUGGACUUGAUGGCCUUAUAGGUCCCUUCCAACUCUAUGAUUCUGUGAAAUCCAGCAGUAAACCCUAGGCCUGGAUUUGCUGCAUCCACCUCCCCACAUCACCCAUCUGGGGCAAGGCCACCCACACUCUACUUCUCACCCGCUUCCACCCCUUUAAGGAUCUUGCUUCCGGAGCUUUUGUUGCUUCGAACUUCUUUGCUAAAACCCCAGGGCUAGAAACUUGCACCUUCAAACAGAAGACGAAAAAUGUCCACAAGAUGUCACAUUCUGGAGCAGGUUUGCUACAGCGGUCCCAGCCUCCCCCAAGUAGGUGUGCACCAGAUGUUUUGGACAGCAGCACCCAUCAGCCAGACCCAUCAUGUGUUGUAGUCCAAGGCACUUGGUUGUGGGGAGGCUGCCAUACUGUAACAAUCUUUUAGGGCAGCCUUUCCUAACUCUUGGUCCCAUCCAGAUGUUGCUGGAUUACAAUCGCCAUCAUUCCUGACCGUUGGCCAUUCUGGCUGGGGCUGAUGGGAGUUGUAGUCCAACAACAUCUGGGGACCCAAGGUUGGAAAAAGAUGCUUUGGGGGGGAAGGAGAGCCUUUUGGAUCACGCCAGUGGGCCAUCUAGUCCAGCGUCCUGUCCUCACAGUGGCCAACCAGGUGCCUAUGGGAAGUUACAGCUCUAUAAUGAGCCCUCAUAAUAAACAGUUCCAACCUUACAAGGAGGAAUCUGCCAAUUACAUUUUACAGAUGUUGUUUUAUGGCAGGGGUUCCCAAACUGUGGUCUGUGGACCACCAGUGGUCCACGAGCUUCAUUCAUAUCUGUAUUAAAUAGAUUUUUAAUUGUA